CAGGUAUUUUGCGACUUCCCCACCUGGUCGCACAGCAAAAAGUGAAAUCAAAUAACAGUUUUAACCGAUUAAAAAACUUGUUUUGCGGACAAUCUACGCAAGCAGCUGAAAGCAUCCAGAAGCAUCCAAAACGGGUUUCGGGUGAAGCACUAAUCCGGAUCACAUGAUGGCCUCCAGUGGUGGCGCUUGUUCCCAUUUCGCCUUUGUGGCCUGGGCGGUGUUUGCCUUGUUGCUGACGCACGGCGGCGACAAUGUUGUGGAUGCCCGGCGUAACCAGGGCAACCAGCGGAAGACCUCCUCCUCGUCCAGCUCCUCCAACUACGGUCACGUGACGCCCAGCUAUAGCACGAAUGGCCAUGCCGCCGGCAACUCUCACGCAGAUGUGGCCAAACUGAGCUACCCCAACUACAAUUCGCAGCCGAAUCGCCCGAUGGCCGCGGGCUCAUCGGGAUCCCCUGGCUCCGCCCCUCAGCCAGGUUGGAAUGUGCCGCAGGGUCCGCCACCCGCCUACUCCGCUUCCAAUCCCGCCGGGGGAGCCCGACCCAAUAUGCACGAGCCGCCGCCAGCCUAUCAUGCUCCCAACUACGGAGCAGCUCCUCCCAGCUAUGGGGCCGCCACCGGAUCGAAUAUGCAUCAGCCGCAGUACUCGGGAGUGCCAGCUGGCGCCACCUACUAUCCGGCCGCAGGACACGGUGGCAGCUAUUCGCCCAACAUCCCCGCUGGAGCUACGUACUACCCAUCCGCCGGCCAUGUGCCCAUGGGCGGUGGCUAUCACCCUGCUGCUGCUCCGCCUCCGGGUGCCACCUACUACCAGGCGGGAUCUGCUUUGCCGCCCGGAGCCACCUACUACUCUGCACCGCCGCAGCAGUCCUCCUCGGGCUUGGGCUUCGGAACUGGCCUGCUUGCUGGUGGCUUGGGCGGUGCUCUGCUGGGACACGCUCUUACGCCCUCGGGCGGCAGUUCCUCGUCGCAGCCGGUUGCCGCAGCUCCAGCUGCUGGGCAGGAUCGCAUCAUCAUCAUCAACAAUGGCGUGCCGGUGAAUGCCAGCGAUGGCACCACUGUGAUAAACGCAGCGGGUGUGGCGGCUGCCCCAGGAGCAGUUCCAGCUGCACCAAUGGCCCCUUCCAACGUGACCCAGGAUGCCCAACAGCCAGCCGUACCCAUGGCACCAAUGCCGGCAAUGCCCUUCAAUCCAGAGACCUCCAACAUGACCGCGCCGGAUGCAGCUGCUCCCCCACCGCCCGGCGGCAUUAUUUGUGUGCCCACCAAGGUGAACGAAACGGACCCGACCGACAGCACCAAGAUAGUAGAGGUGGAGAAGAUUGCCUGCUACCCGGCACCACCGCCACCAGCUGCUCCCGCCGGCGAGGGUCCAGCACCACUGGCGCCCAUGGCCGCUGUUCAACCAGGAAUGCAGCAGGUGCAGAAGACGCAGGAUGUCGCUGCCCCAGUUCAGGCAUCCGUAACGUCCAACACCGGCGGAGCUCAGUCCUUGGAAGGAUUGACCAUGCGGAGCCUUCUGCUCGCGCUCAUGAGCGGGGUGGUGGCCAAGUGGCUAGCAGGCUUCUAAAGACCAUGCUUCUGGAACGUUCCACUGUGCACCCGCACCCACUCAAUACUACUCAACCCUACUACUACUACCUACUGUACCUUCCUCCCCAGCUGUUGUGGCCUUGGCGCGCAUGGUUUAUUUGCGCUGGCCAAGAUCGAUAAUUCCAGGCGCUAAUUGGACGAAAAUUGUUGAAUUAUGCCGUACCAUCUCUAUAGUACGACUACAGUAUUUGUGGAUAAACAAGCUGGGUUCCCAGCUCACAAUUCCCCAUCAAAAGUCCCCCUUUUCCAAUCUGGCCUUCAAUUGUGAUGAUUGCGAUGUGAAUGGGCUCCCGUAACCGUAACCGGACCCGGACCCGGACCCAUCCCAGCGAGCUCGAAACAAAGCAAACGUUCGAAUAUCUCGGCAUAUAUGUAUAUGGAUAUGAAUAUGAAUAUAAAUAACCCUAUGUGUAAACCCGACUCAAAAGCCUUCUGAAGAAAGACAAACUGAAAACUGAAAACUGAACGUAAGUUGCAGUUCCCACUAAAAGUGUAUAUUUUUCUAGACUUGCUAGCGUAAUUGUUGCUUCUUUUUGCAUUGUUGUAAGCAAACGUAUUUGUUGCACUCCUCAGUUGUUGAAUAAAGUAAAAGCUUUCGCCCACACCCACAGCA